GCACAACGCGACUCGAGAAGCUUUCGAGAUACUGUCCGCAGAAUGGCAGACUACGAAGAUUAUUCAGACGACGAUGACUAUGCAGCUACCCAGGAAGCAGCCGCGCAAGCUGCUCUCAAAGCUCCUGUCACAUAUCAACUCCCAUACGGUGUCUUGAGUGAUUAUAUAAAGAAAGAGAUUAUCGACUUGAAUGCUGCUUACCAGAGAGAUGUGGUAUGGAAUGCGGCGAAACAGGGUCAUCUUAUUGAUUCCCUCGUAAAGAACUACUAUGUUCCUCCGGUUAUCUUUUCCAUAAGAUAUGAUACUCGUCCUUCUCACCGCAAUCAAGAAAUUCGGGUGGCCAUUGACGGCAAGCAGCGAUUAACAUCAAUACACAAAUUUAUUGAAGGAGAAAUACCUCAAAUUGACUCCGUUACGGCGACAAAGAUUUGGUUCAAGAAACCUAAGGGGAAAAAGGGGAGCGUGCUAACUGCAGCAGAACGCCACUCUUUCGAGACUAAGUUGCUCACUUGUGUCGAGUACCGUGGCUUGAAUGAAGAGCAGGAGCAGGAGAUUUUCCGGCGAGUUCAGCUUGGCGUUGCACUAACGACGGCCGAGAAAAUGUUUGCGAGACCGGGACCAGUCGCGGAUUUUGUUCGUAAAUUAAUGGAACAAUAUAAAGACUUGUGUAGCUUGGUAGAGUCCAAACGCAAGCUGGCAUUCCAGAUCCUGAUGACCAUCUUCUGCGUUGUCACCGAAAUGCCCAGCAAAAUACCGUCGGCGAUGUACCUAGAUAAGGUGUUGAAACGGUCGGAACCCGUUCCAUCGAAGCAUAAGGCGUUAGUAGAAAGCGUGCUGCAAGUGUUUGCUACGCUCAUGGACCAAGCGCCAGAUCUGUUUAGAACACCAGCUAGAAUGGCGCCUAUCGAGUUCAUAAUGUCCACAUAUUUGAUCGCAACAAAGGAUGAACACACCAUUCUUGAACUCAGAGAUGAUAUUGCGUUGAUGCGGGAGAAGACGCGGAAAAAAUUCUUGGAUAUUCGGUCGAACCAGCGGGUAUAUGACUACAUGAAAACGCUGAUCGACAAGUUGUAAUCUGCUGAAAUAAUAACGGGACGACAUUUGUUGGUUGGUGCUCGAGAGCAUUAAGUCAUUCUUUGUAUAAUUUGUCUGUACAGGGCCCUAGACUCUGGUCAAAGGAUUUUCUGAGCUGCGAAACGCUUAUUGUAAUUUACAUUUGUACUCUACUGCUGGACUGUCACUUUUAGGACAUUGUCCAGCUCAUCUCUUUCCCAAGGAUAGUUCGUCUAUCAACCUGUUAGGCAUGUAGGUAGCCCACAAUCUUUUCCAAUCGGCCAUAUUUGGUAUCCACCAGACCAAGCACCCAACGAACACCACAGCAAUCAAUCUGAACACCCAGCUGCCAUACAGAGCGUUCUUGAA